AGGGUCAUUCGGAAUUCCUAGCUAUGUCUGCUCCAGGUGCUCAAUCAUUACCCGUCAAUUGGACGGCCUGCGAACGGUUUCUGGGAAUCACAGAACUGGUACAGGAAAUCAUAACUUCACUUCACGACGAACCCAGCUCUCUGCGCAGUUUGGCACUCACCAACAAAGUACUAUCCGAAAACGCGCUCCGCCAACUAUGGUCGAAGAAGCGCGGUCUGAUGGACAUUAUUGAGCUCCUCCCCUCUAUGAGACGCAAUCAUUCUGACAGUUUUGAACCAUUCAAGAAAUACACAGGCUAUGUCCGCGAUUUCACGUGGGGCGAGAAAGACGACCGUCGAGUAUCGGCCUCCCUCCAUCGUCUGUUUGAGGCGAUACCCAUUCAUGGAACCUUAUUCCCGAACCUACGCGUCCUACGUUGGACCUCGAGCUUCUUCCCUUUUCCCCAUUCCUAUGGUUUAUUCAGUCUCCUUCUCGCUCCGUCGCUGGUGGAUGUGCAAAUUCGUAAAUGCUCGCUUAAGGACGUCGGAGAGUGCAUUGAUCUUAUCAAGCGAAGUGCACCUGGUCUGCAACGGUUGGAGGUGGAAGUAAGGUACGGUGGUCAUCCGAUACUUCAAACCCUUGGAAAACCGGAGGCGCAAGCGGUGUCCCAGGAUGAUAUCUUCUUCCCGCAUUUGCAUGUCCUCCGCUACACCUCGAAUCCAGCCGACUGUCAGGGAAUCUUCCGUCACCUUGUCGCACCAUCGCUGGUGGACUUGCGUAUCCUCGAUUGUUCGUCUGAGGAUGCCAGGGAGUAUCUCCAGCUAAUCAGCCAAAGGGCACCUGGUCUUCAGCGGUUGGAGAUGCAAGUGUAUUCCAACAGCGGCUCGAGUCCUCUUACAGGGAUGAAGCCAAAGGCGAUGCUCCAAGAUAAAGUCUUGUUCCCAGAUUUACGUGUCCUUCGCUGGAAUUCGCAAUCCUCCGAUCGUCAAGAAAUGUUUCGUCAGCUUCUCGGACCGUCAAUGCUGGAUCUACAUAUAUUCAUUUCUUCGUUUGAGGAUACCGCGGAGUAUGUCAAGACAAUCAGGCGGAGGGUGCAUAGCCUUCAGCGGUUGGAAAUAGAUUUGGGAGGCGAUUACUUUUCGGACUUUUUUCCGGAUCUGAAGCUGGAGCUGGACGGGAUGGACAUCAACGAAUUCAAAACCAAGUUCACCCUAUCCGAGGAGACAUUCUUCUCAUUGGCUAGUAUGAAACAUCUUACGAGCCUCAAGCUCUACGUUCCGACGGAAGGUUACGAAGUUAUCGACACGUCGUGCUUUCCCUCCUUGCGAUCCAUCAGCCUACGGACGGAAGAGUUUGGUGCGCAUUGCAUAGCUCUCGUCAAGAUGGUCAGCUCUGGGAGUCUCGAGGAUGUUUCCAUCAGCGUCCAAGGCGAUGUCGCAACAGACAUGUUCGAGUCUUUCGUCCACGAGCUCGAGAACCAUCCACUGCGCAAAUUCGCUCUCAACGGCGCUUUCCUCAUAGAACAUGAUGACCGCUUGGACAUUGGUGAAGCGAUUCUGCAUGCUCUGCAGCCAUUACUACAGCAACGAACAAUGACCUCGCUGGCCAUUGAUAUAAACGACUUGAGAAUCACCUCGCAUCUCCUCUCCGCGCUCGGCGGCGCCUAUCCCGCACUGGAGACGCUGCUCUUGCACACUGAUUUUUCGCACUGGGCGACAGUCGGAGCGUUGUUUACCAUCGCCGACAGCUUCCCCGCUCUCAAGAGGGUCGACAUUCAUGUCAGCAAGGCGUCGAACCUUCCCAUUCUGCCUUCGAACUGGCAGUCCCCUUCCAAGCUGCUUCAUAUUGAUGGCAUAAACCGGUCUUCGGCGUCUGAGGAGGUUCUUGCCUACCUCAAAGCUCUUUUCCCUCGUGCGGACGUUGAUAAAUAUUGUGGUUAGAAUGUGACUGUCCUCGAGCAAAUACUCGCCUGGUUAUGCACUCCAAUCUCUCGUAUUGCUACAUGCUACGCUCUAUUGUCAUUCUAUUCGCGUCGAUGAAAGCCCU